CGCUGCUCACUUCCUGCUUCCGCUACUGCUAUUAAUACUUGAAUAACAGGUGCAGAAUGUGCGCCAAUUCUAUUAACCCAUGCCAACCAAUCAAGAUCCAAUUCAAGAGCAAAUAACUUAGAACUUGUUGUUGCUGUAACUCCUGAACAGGGGCGCAAUAUUUAUGGAUCUGAGGCACUUGGUGAAUAUGGCAGAGAAUCCAGUGUGCACCGCUCAGGUGAAUAUCGGGUCUGGAAGCCAGAGCAACAGCUGCAUCAGUAUUCUGGGAAGCAAUAGCAUCAACAGCAAUAGUGUUCCAGUACUCUUCUGCUUCUCAGUAUUUGCCCGGCCAUCCUCUGUACCACACGGCUCAGGCUAUGAGCUCCUGAUACAGAAGUUCCUCAGUUUGUAUGGAGAUCAGAUAGAUAUGCAUCGCAAGUUCGUUGUGCAGCUUUUCGCUGAAGAAUGGGGCCAGUACAUUGACCUGCCCAAGGGUUUUAUAAUCAGUGAAAGAUGCAAGAUCAGACUGGUGCCCCUGCAGAUCCAGCUCACCACCCUUGGGAACCUUACACCAGCAAGUACAGUGUUUUUCUGCUGUGACAUGCAAGAGCGAUUUCGACCUGCUAUUAAGUAUUUUGGAGACAUAAUAAGUGUAGGACAAAGACUGCUCCAAGGUGCACGGAUUUUAGGAAUACCAGUUAUUGCCACAGAACAGUAUCCCAAAGGUCUUGGAAGUACCGUUCAGGAACUUGACCUUACUGGAGUAAAGCUUGUUCUUCCAAAGACCAAGUUCUCUAUGGUUUUACCUGAAGUUGAGGCAGCAUUGGCAGAAACCCCUGGAGUUCGUAGUGUGGUGCUUUUUGGAGUAGAAACACAUGUAUGCAUUCAGCAAACAGCAUUGGAUCUGAUUGGCCGAGGGGUAGAAGUCCACAUUGUGGCAGAUGCAACCUCUUCAAGAAGUAUGAUGGACAGAAUGUUUGCUUUGGAGCGCCUAGCACGUAAUGGAAUUAUAAUUACAACAAGCGAAGCGAUACUCCUACAGUUGGUAGCUGAUAAGGACCAUCCAAAGUUCAAGGAAAUCCAAAAUCUUAUCAAAGCAAGUGCUCCAGAGUCAGGGCUUCUUUCUAAGGUGUAAGGAAAAGAAUAAAUGAUAAACAACUCUGUACCCUUAGCUCAGAUGCAAAAUUAUUUCUAAUCAUGGGUAUGUCAUUUGGUAAAAGGUCCUGUUUUCCUUCUGUUGUAAGAUCUAAUGUUGACAUUGUAGGUAGCUGCUUUUAUGGUUGGUUGCAGGGUUAGGCUUGAGAAAGUCAAGGGUUCAGAAUCUUUCACAAAAAUGUAUCCCUAACAUUCAGGGUGUAUAUCGCAGCACUAGCCUUUACUAAAGUACUAAAGUAAAGCAGCAGCUUCGUGAUUCCAUCAGGGUCAUGAGUGGCCUGCUCCUACACUAUGCAUAAGAGUUACUUUAUUUAAUUGUUUCUUGCCCUGGAUAUCAAGGGUGAUAGAGCAGGGCCUGGUUGUAUGGUUCUCUUUCUCUCUGGUAUAAGUUACAAAGUAAGCAAAGGUAACAUAAGUUCUAAAUAUGCAUUUGCAAUAACCAUGUCUAUAUGCAAGCACAAUAUGGUUUGACAUUUAGUUGACAAUAUAUCAUGUGAAGUCUCAGGACUUCUGUUUUGUAAAUAUGUUAGAUUUGUAGGUAACAUUUAGUCAUUUUAAAUAAAAUUUUAGUCUAGAUGCCUUGUGUUACACUCACAAAUUUCACCUUCCUAGCCCAAAAUAUGGUCGAGCCAGACUGGCAGCUUUCGAGCAAACACUAAGGGGCUGAUUUACUUACCCACGAACGGGUCGA